GCUGGAUGAUGGGUACAGUGUCUAGAGUCACAGAAACCUGAAUGCAAAUCCAGCCGCAGCCACUCACUGCUCUGUCAGCCUGGGCAAGCCACUUAACCUCUGCCUGAGUUUUCUCAUCCGCAAAAUGGGGAUACUCACAGUCCCUACACACCAGGGGUGUUGUGUAAGUGAGAUACUAUUUCUCUGCAAACCUUCAAGCGCUCUCUUGUGUUUGCUGGAUUUAGAAAUGUACCCCAAAGUCACAGGUAUCAAAGCUACCUGGUACUGGGGGGAGGGUGGGUGUAGACAGAGAAGCAGGCGAAUGGAACGGAAGAGCGAACCCCAAGUGCUGAAGAAGUCGGUGUGGGAUAAACACCUACGCCCAAACCCUGGAGAAAGUCAGUGGUCCGCAGGGCAGGUGGACCAAGAGGCCGGCCUUUGCACCCGCGCCCACAGGGAGCCCCGCGAGUCGGGGAGCUUGGACGGGAGGGUCACUUUCCGAAAGGCGGCCGAUGCCAAGGGCCAGACCGCCAGCCGCGGCUGCUUCUCCUCGGAGCCAGGUCGACCCCCGGCCUCCCCCUCCUCCCCCGCGAUGACGUCACCGGCGGGGGACCAGCCCGAUUUCCCGGCGCCAAACUCCAUCCAGGGGUUUCUCGGCCUCACCCGCACCGUCAUCUUCCCUGUGGGUAAAGGAGGGCAAUGGGUUUAAGUGACUUGCCCAGGGUCACACAGCUGGGGUAUCCUUGAAGAGCAGCCCAAGAGAAAUUUCUUAGAAGUAUAGACCCCUCUGGAGAUCUCAUUUAAAAAACAACAACAACAACAACAAAACACCACAAUAACUUAUAUAAGCUCAAAUGGCUCUUGAAUGCAGAGAUACUGCAGCCCUGAGACCUGAGAAUCCAGUAGGGAAAGAGAGACUUCAAAUAGUAAAGGUAGAGAAAGAAGAGGAUUAUGUAUGGGAGGAAAAAGGAAGCCAGAAGAGAAACAGCACUCCUAGACAGGAGUUCUUCCGCCUGCGGUUCCGGCACUUUGGCUACAGUGACACACCUGGACCCCGAGAGGCUCUGAGCAAACUCCGGGAACUUUGCCAUCAGUGGCUAAGACCAGAGAUCCACACGAAGGAGCAGAUUCUGGAGCUGUUAGUCCUGGAACAGUUCCUGACCAUUUUGCCAGAGGACCUGCAGACCUGGGUGGGAGAUCAGCAUCCAGAGAGUGGAGAGGAGGUGGUAACGGUGCUGGAAGAUUUGGAGCGAGAGCUUGGUGAACCAGGACGUCAGGUUGCAUCAAGUACACAGAGAGAGGCAGGGGCCUGGGAGAAGAUGGCACCUUUGAGAACAGCACAGGAUGCAGCCAGUGUCCAGCUUCAGCCUAACAACACCCAGAUCAUGUGUGAGUCUUCAGAGCCCCAGUUCUUUCAGGAAAGAGAUUUUGAGACCAGUACCAAGUGGUCCCUUCCAAAGCAGGAACUUUCUGAAGAAGUAGACUCACAGGAGAGGAUAUAUGGAAGAUUUCCAGUGGAUGUUUUCAAAGGAUACAAGACUGGAGAAGCCUAUGAAUGUGAAAACACUUUGGACAAGCAACAAGGAAGCAAAAUGGAGAAAGUAGAUGGAUCAGUUUCCCAGGAUGGAAAUUUUAUCCCAUCUGAAAAAAUUCCCUUAGGAGAAAAUGGCCAUAAAUAUGAGUGCCUGGGUAGUUGUCAUUUGAACUCAAAUCUGGUUAUAAAAAAAGUAGAGAAACCCCAUUUAUCUGCUACAGAAAACCAAAACUCUACACAGAAUUCAUCUUCUAAUAUACAUCAAAGAGAUCAAACUGUCAAGAAACCUUAUGAAUGUAAUGAAUGUGAGAAAACCUUUAAACAGAACUCAGAUCUCAGAAAACAUCAGAGAAUUCAUAUGGGGGUGAAACCCCACAAAUGUACUCAGUGUGGGAAGGCAUUCAGCCAAGGAUCUGAUCUUAGGAAGCAUCAAAGAAUUCAUACAGGAGAGAAACCCUAUUCAUGUGGUGAAUGUGGAAAAGCUUUCAGGGGAAGUUCAGAUCUUAUUCAGCACCAGAGAAUUCACACUGGAAAUAAACCCUAUGAAUGUGGGGAAUGUGGGGAAGCUUUUAGUAGGAGCUCACACCUUGUUCAACAUCGAAGAAUUCAUACUGGAGAAAAACCUUAUCACUGUAGGGAAUGUGGGAAAGCCUUCAGUCAGAACUCUUCCCUUAUUCAACAUCAGAGAAUUCAUACUGGAGAGAAACCCUAUAGGUGUAAUGAAUGUGGGAGAGCCUUUAAUCAAAGCUCAGCUCUUACUCAACAUCAGAGAAUUCACACAGGAGAGAAGCCCUAUGAAUGUAAAGAAUGUGGGAAAGCCUUCAGACAUAGGUCUGGCCUUAUGACACAUCAGAGAGUACACACCAGAGUUUAACCUUGUGCAUAUUUUGAAUAUAAGGAAUCUUCAGACAACUUUGUUUAUUGUUACAAAACCUCAGAAAAUGCAUCCUAGGAUCAAAAUCCCAUAACAUAAUAGUGAGUUCCUCAAGAGCAGAACCUUUGUUUGUCUUAUUGUAUAUGGCUGUCACCUGAGUUCCAUGUACUUAUGAAACCUUUGUUAACAUUUAUUUUAUGAUUGACUAAUUUAUGUUUCUUGCUAUUUGGUAUUUAAAGUACUUACUGUUACUUUUGUCAAUAGUUAUCUUCUAAGGGAGACGGUAUAUGAUUUUUGCCAUUUCAGAAAGGAUGGAAUUCAUAUCCCAGGAAAACAAGGGGAUCAGGACAGGUUUGGGUCGUCAGUGCCCCCUCCUCAGGAUGUAUAAUAUGGGCAGCUGAGUUCUUUGAAAUGAAAUGGGGAAGAGAAAGUCCAAGUAGAUAGUCAUUGGCCUAGAGGCCAGUCAAAUGGCAACUAAUUAUGGUUCUCAGUGAUUUUGACCUCUAUCUUGGAAGAAGAGACUGGAUCUUGAGGCCGGUGUAAAGUGUGUUCAGCAUAAUAAGUAGUCCUGAUGUCAGUUAUUGAUUACCACCACCUCCCCUCUUCUUCCCUCAGCCAGAAUUUAUCUUAUAUCAUGACCAUUCACACCUUGAGGUCCCUGUCCUGAGAACCACAGCCCUCAUUCUACCUGGCCCAUUGGGACAUCUCACUUCCUUACUGACAUUCAAGAACAGAAUGGUUAAGGUACUUCCCUUUUUCUCUCUGGUCGGUGCUGAAAAACCAGGAUUUAAACUAGGAGUUUUUGGCUCAAUUCCUAGAAUAGGUACCUAGUCUAUGGACACUCUGGGCUCUUCUGCCCCCGAGAAGGCAUAAAAGACUCUAUUCAGCUUCUUGGUCCCUGGAAGUCCCAAUUUUCCAUUGUACUGUGGGUUUGGCUUGAGUGACUUCAUUUUCUUCUGAUUUGUGACUCUGUAGACUUUUCCAACUAUAGUGUUAUAGUUGUCUCUGUAGCUUUCUUUGAACAGUCAGUGCCCUAAAAGCUACUGGUAGAGAGGAGUGGGUACACAGGUAGGCUAUGUGCAUGUAUGUGCUCUGAACACAUUUAUCUUUAUGGGCCAGCAUUUUUUUUCCUUUGUGACCUCCUUUCCACAGCCUACGAUAAAAGCUUACCCAUAUCCUCAC